CGCUCUUCCUCCUUCAGCCGCGAUGCAUCACCAGUAAUGAAGCCGCCGCUUGGGGAUGUCUCCUCUCACACGCACAGCCUGGAGUCUAGAUAGAAGAAGAAGAAGAAACAUUUGAUUUGCUUGCCGCUUGGACGUCUUUUUAUGUUUUUUUUUUUUUACCUGGAGAGAAGAGGACAGGUUAAUUAUUUUACUGACCGAAACCGUCAUUGUUCAAAACUAAGGGAUGAACAGCAUAAGACAGGUGCCCACACGGGUGAAAACCAGGCGGACUGAGGCCAAUCUCGGAGCGGAGAGGGAGCAUUUUGACAAGCAGCAGCUGAGCAGCAUCAGCAAAGCCAUCAACUCCACUGAGACGCCUGUGAAGGAGAAACAUGCACGACGAAUCAUCCUGGGGACUCACAGGGAGAAGGGAGCCUACACCUUCUGGUCCUACGCUCUGGGCUUCCCUCUGCACAGCAGCUCCAUCCUCAGCUGGAAGUUUUGCCACGUACUGCACAAAGUCCUGCGGGAUGGACACCGCAAUGUUCUGCAAGACUGCAUGCGACAUCACAGCUCUUUAGUUGAAAUUGGAAAACUAUGGGCCAACCUCCAUGACAAAUACGGACAGCUGGUGGCUCUAUAUACCAAGCUGCUGUGCACAAAAAUGGAGUUUCAUGUGAAGCGUCCAGAAAUCCCACCGAACCUGGAGGUCACAGAUGAAGUCCUGGAGCGCACUGCAGGAAUAGACAUUAAUAACGUGUUCCAGCUCACAGUGGAGGUGUUCGAUUACUUGGACACAGAGCUAAGGCUGGCCGAGACAGUGAUCCGACAGCUCAACACAUCCAUCGCCAUCUCCACUCUCACAUCAGGCCAGUGUCGGCUGGCUCCGCUCAUCCAAGUUAUCCAGGACUCUAGUCACCUCUACCACUUCACCGUCAAACUGCUAUUCAAGCUGCAUGCCUGUCUCCCUGCUGACACCUUACAAGGACAUCGUGAUCGUUUCCAUGACCAGUUCCACAGCCUUAAGACCUUCUUCAAUAAAGCCAGAGACAUGCUGUACUUCAAGAGACUGAUCCAGAUCCCCAAACUGCCUGAUUCCCCACCGAACUUUCUGCAUGCAGCCUCACUGGCCAAGCACGUGAAGCCAGUGGUGGUCAUGGCUGACGAGGAGGAGCCUGAGCAACAAGACGACGAUGAUGACGACCCCGAGCCACUCAUCGAGGUCAGCGACGUCUCCACACCCAGCAUCCAGGCACAGCCACAGCAACUGGAUAUAUUUGAUCAGACGUUUGGACCUCCCAAUGGAGGCUUCGAUGACAGGGAUCUCCAGAUUGAGAGCCUGAAGCGGGACCUAGAGCUGUUGAGAGCGGAGCUGGAGAGAGUCAAAGCAGAGGCUCAGCACUACAUCACACAGCUGAAGUCCCAAAUCAACAGUUUGGAGGCAGAACUAGAAGAACAGCGUGCACAGAAACAACGUGCUCUUGUGGAAAAUGAACAACUGCGAAUGGAGCUGGAGGCUACGCGUCGCCGUAACGCAGAACACGAGAGCUUGCAGUCCACCUUCAUUGAAGCAGAAAAAAGAUCGCAGGCCACCGAGCAGAGGUACAAUAAGCUGAAGGAGAAGCACACAGAGCUGGUGGCCAGCCAUGCUGAACUACUUCGGAAGAGUGCAGACACCGUGAAGAUGCUGUCAGCCACCCAGCAGACCCAGGAAGAGGUGGAGAGGACCAAACAGCAGCUGUCGUUUGAGGUGGAUCGAAUAAAGCAGGAAGCUGACAUGAAGCUGGAAGAGCAGAAGUUUGAAAUGGAGAAACUGAGGAGAGAGCUGGAGGAGAAGCUGGCAGAAGUGAUGCGCAUCAAGGCGACACUGCAGAGCAGUGAAAAGACGUCGGAGCAAGUGAACAGCUCGAUGACGGCUCUGCAGGCAGAGAAGGAGCGUCUGAUGCGAUCCGUGAGCGAGAAGGAGGCGGAGUUGUCUUCUCUGCGGCAGGCUGCGCAGGUGCAGCAGUCGUCACUCCAGCAGGAGCGAGAGAGGAACAGCAGGGAGCUCGGAGAGCUGCAGGGCAAACUGCAGGAGAAGUCGAGUCAGGAGGAGCAGCUGAAGCAGAAGCUUCUGGAGGAGCAGUUUGCUCUGCUGCAGGGUACCGUCGCAGAGGCCGAGAACAUCAUCCAAGAUGCUGUAGCUAAACUGGACGAUCCCCUCCAUGUACGCUGCACCAGCUCUCCAGAUUACCUCGUAAGCCGGGCAGAGGCCACACUAGGCUCCAUAGACAAAGUGAAAAAGGGCCAUGCUGAUUAUCUGAGUAACAUGGGGGAUGCUGGAGCGUUGCUGAGGGCUCUGACCCAGUUCUCCCACUUGGCUGCGGAUACAAUCAUCAAUGGCAGCGCCACUGCACACAUGGCACCCACCGACCAUGCAGACCGACUGACAGAGAACUGCAGAGGAUGUGCCACUCAGAGUUUGCAGUUCCUCAAGGACCUGAAGUCCAAGACAACCCUCCAGAGGGCAGACCCGGCCUCCAUUCGCGUUAUCGUUCAAAAGAUCCUUCACUUGGGCCAGGAGCUGCGGCCGAAAGGCAUGGACAUUCGUCAGGAUGAGCUGGGAGAUCUUGUCGAUAAGGAGAUGGCUGCAACAUCAGCAGCUAUAGAGGAAGCAGUCCGCAGGAUUGAUGAAAUGAUGAAUCAGGCACGAAAGGACACGACUGGAAUAAAACUGGAGGUCAAUGAAAGAAUCCUCUUCAGCUGCACAGACCUGAUGAAGGCCAUCCGCAUGCUGAUCAUAGCAUCCACAGACCUGCAGAAGGAGAUUGUCGAGAGUGGGAGGGGCGCAGCCACCAUUAAGGAGUUCUACGCCAAAAACUCCCGCUGGACUGAGGGACUGAUCUCUGCCGCCAAGGCUGUGGGAUGGGGAGCCACAGAGAUGGUGGAGUCUGCUGAUAAGGUGGUCCUGCACACGGGCAAAUACGAAGAGUUGAUUGUCUGCUCCCACGAGAUCGCUGCUAGUACGGCACAGCUGGUUGCUGCCUCAAAGGUCAAGGCAGACCGCAACAGUAAGAAGCUGCCGGUUCUCCAGCAGGCUUCUCGGCUUGUGAAUGAAAUGGCAGCUAAUGUGGUGGCCUCAACGAGAACGGGCCAGGAGCACCUGGAGGAUAAAGAUACCAUGGACUUUUCUGGGAUGUCCCUUAUCAAGUUGAGAAAAGAAGAAAUGGAGUCACAGGUGAAGGUGCUCGAAUUAGAAUCUCACUUGGAGAACGAGCGUCUGCGUUUGGGCGAGCUGAGGAAGAAACACUACGAGUUAGCUGGAGUUCCUCUUGAGCAGGUUUCUGAGGGGAAUGGCGAAACCUCCUCACUGGUCCAUCCUGGCACCAUGUCACCAAAACCCACCAAGCCUGCCCUCAUGAAGAAACCUGCAUUGGCCCAGAAACCCAACAUACCACCUAAAACCACGUUUAAGUAAUGCCUGAGCAGAAAGUGGAAACUGCUCCACUAAUGGAUGGUUGGAUUGACCAGAGAAAGAUGGCCUUUUUGUGAACAUAUGGUUCCUUUUUCAAAAUGCAUGCUGACAAUCCUCUGCCUCAUCCUCACAGUUACUUCCCUCAUUUCUUUCUUCUUUUUUUGUUUUUCUUUCUUGCCAAAAUGGACCAGAAGCCUUUUUUUUUUUUUAACCCUUGUUGCCUGUAAUGAACAUGCUGUCUUUACCCCUCCUUUUUUUUAAAAAGAUAAACAACUUUUUUUCUGCUGGUUUUUGGCAACAAGAACAAAAAAGGUUAAUGGCAUACUAUUUUUAGGCUGUGUGUUGUUUUUUUGCAUCCCCGGAUUUUUAACUGAUUCAAGCAUUACUGCUGCUUUUAGAAAAUAAACCUUGAUGAUGAUGAUCACAAAUCGACAGCAUAUCUUCUACUUCUAUGUCACUAGUUUUCUCUGGACAACCUUUUUGCACACUAUUUUGAACGUUUUGUUACAGAGCACAUCACAUUUUUCUUAAUGUACACUAUUUAUGUUGUGGUGGACGGUGAAGGAAACUGGGGGGGGGGGGGGACAUCAUUGGUAUCCACGUUACUGCAAAUGUUUUACAUACCUCUGGCUUUGCCUCCAUGAUGGACUGUGUUCCUCUUAUGUGCAAAAUAGCUUUCUUUCUCAACAGUACACGAUUGUCUCAGAGGCCUUGAAAUGUACUGUACUGUAAAGACAUACAGUCUGUAUAGGAGUGUGCAAGUGUCAUCAAGUAUAAUUUAUAUCUCCACUCAUCUUGAAUGUCCCUUUAUUAGAGGAACACCUAGACAUUAGUUAGCAAAUAGACUUAAUGCUUGUGCACAAAUAACGGAUGUAGGUGUCCUUAAUUAUCAAACUCUUCUUUUAGGCUGAAUAUGAUGAUUUAGGAUCAGUUUAAUGUACAAUAUGAAGGUGUUCAAGUCCUCUAUGCCUCUGGGCUUUUCUUACAGGGUCUUAAAAAUGCAUCUUUUUAUGUUCUGUCUUUCCUCUGUAUGAAAUGUCUUUAUACACUCAGAUCUCUUAAUAUAUUUUAGUAAAGAUAAUGGUGGUUUCUCCAUGUAAGAAGUGUAAAUGUCAAACAAAUGAACAAUAAAUGUUUGAUUUAAUGUCC